AUGCCCGCGCCGCCGACGCAUCCUCCCCGCGCAUCGAUACGAACAACCUCCGCGUCCAAGGCGCAAUUCCCGCUUCUACACCAGACUCCAUCGUUCUUGAUCAAGAGGACAAUAGUCGAAGACUGCACACGUGAUGCGGACUCUGGCCGGCCGCCUAAGUAUCAUUGCUUGCGGAAAGAAGUAGAGAGGCGGGAAAAGCGGCGGCUUCUUGAUGUUCUGAAAAGGGCACCUGUGUCUUCACUGAUGCCUGGCCGGCUGAAAAGGCAGACGGGCAGGGUUAAGCUAAGCCAACAGGCGGCAAUACAACAACAGCAACAACAGCAGGAGGAGACACAGCCCGAAGGUGCCAUUAAAUUGGAUGAUGGCGGCCUUAGUUCUCUAUCACCGGCCGAGUAUGAGAAUGUCUGUCGCGUCGCGACAGUAAUUAGCAACAACGUGCCUCAGAAUGAUAUGGACAAGAUCAUAUUGAACCUUCGAAACAGGAGUCCACGUCAAAAGAAUUAUCUCCACAAGAAAGGCAUGGAUCCUGUUACGUACUUUUUCCGUUGCCAGGCUUUGGAGUACCUUCAGCGGCGCUCCUCCCGACCCCCCAACGAUACGCAUUCCUCUGGUGAAGCAAGACCCAGAGACACAAAAAGACAGAAUGAUGACCUUUCUGGCUCCGCACCUCCCCAAUUCUUUAUGCGCCCCUCCUCCUCUGGACCGGAUGAGAAUGCUCCACACGACGACUUAAUGGACACAUCAGUCCCGGUGAUGGGAGUUGGUAAUGCGGGUGCUCACAAGGUUAAUGAGGUUGCAGAGGACUCAGAGACACAUCGGCGGCAAGCGCAUGGGCCCAGGAAUGGGAACAUGCCGUAUCUGUUCGCCAAUAUAGAAGAGUCAUUGCAGGAACAGGGUCCUUUUCGUGGUUGGAGAACACAAGUAACCGUUAGGGACCGAACAUAUAAAGUCCAUCAGAUGAUAGCAUCCCUUCGCCUACUUCAGCCUAAGAUUCAGCUUCGCAACGCCGCUAAUGCGGCUAUGAGCUUUGAAGCGAAGGUGUUCAGGGGAGCAGCGUCCAAGGCCGAGUACGACAGGGAGUUUAACGACAAACUUGUGCAGAUCAGAGACGCUCGUAUCCAGGAACAGGCACUAGAAUAUCUGCACGCUGCAUCCGCUCGAUGA